AUGAAUAAUAUGUCGUCAGUACCAGUGGUGCUGAUGAAUAAACUUCCUCGUUUUCGCGAAGUGGCGGUGCAAACCGUUAAGCUAAAACACAAGAAAGUUGCACAGUCGAAUUCAUGCAUAUCGCCGUCUGCAUCUGACUCUUCUCUUCUUACUUCCAGACUAAUAGAGGAAAAAGUGAAAUUCUCACCAGACAGAGAUGAAUUUCCGCCGCCAUCAUCGGUGGGUAGGAAACGUAUUCAUCAUCAUGAUGAUAAUAAGAAACCAUUUCAGCGUAUUCCUUCGCAUGGGGAAUUAUCGUCUCCUCGACAACUUUUCGACGAACAAAACUUACUUGGCGACCACUGUUCUUCGUAUUAUUCUAACCAUCAACAAAAACAACAACAACAUGAACAAUGCUUAAAAGAGGCAAAAAUACUAUCAAAUCAAGAAACAUCUAAUCCAUAUAAAUUAUUCAAAAGAUUUCUAAACAACAAAAGAGAUUAUUGUGAGGAUUCUGAAGAGACAGAAAUUACAGCUGACACAACAGCAGUAUUUGCUUGUUUGCCUACAUCACUGGAAAAUACUCACAAGCUCAAACCGACCAAUUUAUGAAAUAUAUGCAGCAUCGAGUAAGCUUUUCAUGAUGUGACAGUAAAAGUUGAGACAGUGUGACAUUCAUGCAAAAUAUAUCUUUCAAUUUCCUCGGGCUUAUUUUUCCAUAUUAUUUUGAUUAGUUUAUGCGAUUGUUUAUUGAAUUCUACUGAAAUCAUUUGAAAUUUUUGAUUUUCAAUAAGUUAUUUUUUUUUUUUAAUUCUUGGAAUUUGUACAUCAAUUUAUAAUUAUUGAUUGAUUAUUUUAUUCUUUUACGUUCCGA